AAAGAUAUUGCCUAGGCGCGGAGUAGCGUAUCGUGAUUUUAUUUUGUGCUUAAUAAUCUUAAUGAUGUUCUAACAAAUUCCCUUCGUUAGGAUUAUCACAUAAUUAGCUACAAUGGCCAAAGAAGGCGAUAUGUCUCUUUACCAAGAUGUGUUGAAGCCUUUCAGGCGUGUGAUAAACACCGAUCCGCCAAAAGAGAAGUUGUCGGCGUCUACAAAAAUGAAUUUCACGGAUAGUAAUCAAUCUAUUAAAGAAGGCUUGUCUAACCUCUUGUCGAUGGGUAAAAGGAAGUCCAGUAUGAGCGUUGCAGAAGCAACACCUGAUAAGCGUCAGCGUACCGACAGCUCUACUUCAAUUCCUCCGUCACCAUGGGAAGCUAAGAGAAUGAAGAUAGACUUGAUAGCAGCCAAGGCUCAGAUAACAAAGCUGGAAGCCAGGGUUAACCACCAGCAUACAAUCCGGAAAGAGAUGCAGAUCCUAUUUGAAGAGGAGAAGGCGUCUCUGAUGGAACAGCAUAAAAGAGAUGAUCGGGCAUUGUCGGACAUGGAGGAACGUCUAAACACUAUCAGAAGACGGGAGCAGGAGUUAAAAGAUGAGUUGUGCGAAACAGUGAAAGAACACAAAGAGAGCAAAGCAAAAUGGGAAUUAGAGAAAGGGGAGUUGCAGAGGUACAUAGCGGAGCUGAAAGACAAGCUGCUGGAGGCCAAUGUGAGCAACAAGGACCAGGUCUCGGAAAUGAAGAAAGACAUGGACGAACUGCUGCAGGCCUUAGAAGGUGCCCAGGCUGAAGUAGAAAUGUUAAAGAAAGAACUAGCCAAACAGACCAGCCGGGCAGAGCAGUGCACCAAUCUCCGGACCCAGUUGGACAAGCAGACAUUUGAGCUGCAACAGGCUAAUAGCAAGCUGAAAGAAUUGCAGUAUGAGAAGGACUCUUAUAAGGAUUGGCAACAACAGGCUAAGACGGCGCAAAAACGGCUAAGCAACAUGGCUGAAUUAGAAAAAGAAGUUGUACGUCUGCGCGCGGCGGAACGCUCCCUACGGGAUACCAUUGGUAACAAAAUGCUGCUUGAAGAGCAGGUGCACCAGCUGACCAGCAGAGUCGAGGCUCUGCAGCCAGCUCAGCAGGAGCUACAUGAGGCUAAGGUGAAGCUAGCGUCAGUAGAAGCGUGCCUCGCGGAGUGGCGCGCCGCUGGCCGCGCUCACGGCGCGGACACGGCGCGCGCGCUGCGUACGGCGCUGGACGCGGCGCUGUCCGGCCAGCUGUCCGCCGUGGCUGGCCAGUCGCAGGCGCAGUCGCAGCUGGCGCAGGUCACUGAGGAUGUAGCAACUCUGAAGUACGAGAGAGACAAGGCGACGACGAAGCUGAACGAUCUAAUGAACGUCCGUAAGACGCAAGAAAGCCUCAUCCACAGACUUCAGAAGCGGCUGCUACUUGUCACUAGGGAAAGAGACAGUUACAGACAACAGCUCGACUGCUAUGAGAAGGAGCUGACGGUGACACUGACGGGCGAGGCGGGCUCGGGCAGCGCGGCGCUGCUGUCCGCGCGCGUGGAGCAGCUCGAGCGCGCGCUGCAGGGCUACCGCGACCUGCUCAACAUGCACGACCAGAGCUCGCACGCCACGGUGGUGGAAGGCCUCCGAGCCGAAGUGAGCAAGUGGCGCGACGAGGCGGAGUCGGCGCGGCGCGACACGGGCAAGCUGCGCGCGCAGCGCGACAACCUGCAGGCUCAGCUCGAGAGGCUCAACGUGCCCUCCACUAAGGUGAUACAUUUAGCAGAUAAUCCAGCCGCCAUAGCGCAUAAACAAGUUCAGGGUGACUUAGAGGCAGCCAAUGAAGAGAUAAAGAAGUUAAAGGCUGCUCUACGAGAAGGCGGGUCUCGCGGGAACCCCGAGGAACUGGCGCAGUUGAGGCAGCAACUCGAAAACAGCCAAAUUAAACUACAAAGAAUGAAAGAAGAGUUCAUGUCAUCGGCGCAAGAGUACAGGGACGUGUGUUACAUGUUGCUAGGCUACAAGGUCGACAGAACUGGACAUAAGAAUUAUAGAAUAUCUAACAUGUACGCAGAAUCUGCAGAAGAAUAUCUAACAUUCACCCUAUGCGACGACGGAAUCGAGAUGGUGCACACAGACUAUUCCGCGACAUUAGAAGACCUGGUGGAGUUGCAUCUACACCAUCACAGGUCCAUACCCAUGUUCCUUAGCGCUCUGACGUUAGAACUGUUCACGAGAACAACUAUGCAGCAAGACGUGGAGGAAUCUGACUGA